ACUGUAACUAUUCAACCAGCAUCUGCUUUUCAAAGGCAUGGCGGAGGAGCGCAGGCCAAAGCAGAACUCUGUGGUUCUGCCGACUGAGUCGAUGAAGGCCAUGGCGGAGUCAGUGGGAGUGAGCCAGCUGCAGGAGGACAGCUGUGUCGCCCUGAGUGAGGAGGUCAGCUACCGCAUCAAAGAGAUCGCACAGGAUGCUCUGAAGUUCAUGCAUCAUGGGAAAAGACGAAAGCUGACAACCAGCGAUAUUGACCACGCCCUGAAAAUGAAGAAUGUGGAGCCCCUGUAUGGAUUCCAGUCACAGGAGUUCAUUCCGUUCCGUUUUGCCAGUGGGGGGGGCAGGGAGCUGCAUUUCUAUGAGGAAAAGGAAGUAGACCUGAGUGACAUCAUCAACACGCCCCUCCCCCGUGUCCCUCUGGAUGUGUCACUCAAAGCUCACUGGUUGAGUAUUGAAGGAGUGCAGCCUGCCAUACCAGAGAACCCUCCCCCAGCCUCCAAAGAGCAGCAGAAACUGGAGUCCACAGAGCCACUCAAAGCAGUCAAGCCUGGACAGGAAGAGGAGGGGUCAAUUCAGAACAAGGGUCAGGGAGCCACCUCUGCAGAAGUCAAAGGGAAGGAGAAGCCUUUGAUGCGGAUGAAGCCACGCAGCACUCAUGAGCUCUCUGUGGAGCAGCAGCUCUACUAUAAAGAGAUCACAGAGGCCUGUGUGGGCUCCUGCGAAGCCAAGAGAGCUGAGGCGCUCCAGAGCAUAGCCACAGACCCAGGCCUGUACCAGAUGCUUCCACGAUUCAGCACAUUUAUCUCAGAGGGCGUUCGGGUGAAUGUUGUGCAGAAUAAUUUGGCUCUGUUGAUCUAUUUAAUGAGGAUGGUUAAAGCUCUGAUGGAUAACCCAACACUUUACUUAGAGAAAUAUCUGCAUGAGUUGAUCCCGGCCGUGGUGACGUGUAUAGUGAGUAAACAGCUGUGUCUCAGGCCUGAUGUGGAUAAUCACUGGGCCCUCAGAGACUUCGCUGCCAGACUGAUGGCCCAGAGCUGCAAAACCUUCAGUACCACUACCAACAACAUCCAGUCUCGCAUCACCAAAACCUUCACCAAGAGCUGGUUGGAUGAGAAGACUCAGUGGACCACGCGUUACGGCUGUAUCGCUGGACUGGCAGAACUUGGCCCAGAUGUUAUAAAGACGUUGAUAAUUCCACGGCUGCCGGUGGAAGGUGCCCGUAUUAAAGCGGUGAUGGAGGGGCCAGUGGUGUCCAACAUCGAUAAGAUCGGAGCAGAGCAUGUCCAGAGCCUGCUCCUGAAACACUGUGCAAGUGUGAUAGCCAAAACGCGGCCUGUGCCUGAUGUGGUGGAUCAGUACCGGACCGAUUACGGGUACCUCGGGCCCAUGCUGUGUUCACACGUGGUCAAGGCCCGAGCACAGGCUGCACUGCAGGCCCAACAAGUCAACAGAACCACUCUGACCAUCACUCAGCCAAGGCCCACUUUGACAGGGUCUCAGAGUGGUUUGGGGGGGUCCACGGGGUCUCGCACUCCCAGCAUCAUCAAAGUGCCAAGUUCCCUCACCCUUAUGUCCACACGCCCGGGAACGCCCACUCAGCCGUCACCUCCGGCCACCAAGUACAUCGUCAUGGCAACCAGCGCUGGUGCCGCUUCCACCCAGCAGGUGAUCACACUCAGCUCCUCACAGUCUGGCUCUCCAGUCACCACUACAGUUCCCAGCACACCCACCUCUCUGCAGCCGCUGGUCAAACUGGAGUCAGGGGGUGCAGGGACAGUGGCCGGUUCACGCCCACUCCAGAAAUACAUCGUCGUAUCUCUGCCUUCAUCAUCGUCAUCAUCAUCAUCAUCAACAUCCCUGGAGAAUAAAGGCGUGCUUCCCCCCUCUACCUCACCCAUCACCAUGGAAACUGGCGUCAAGAUUGAACGCUCUGAAUCUCCAGCAGCAAGCACACAGUCCCCACACUGAUAGGAUCAAACA